CAAAGAUUCGGUGACUGGGCAUGCUACUUGCAAACGCGGAGAGGGCUUGUCUGUUACUAACGGCGAUCCACAUUAUACUCGACAAGGGCGUCUACGCCGAGACGUUCACCCUCGGUUAUAUCACCGGUUCGAAAAGACGUCCAGGGGACUUGGAGUAUCAACGUCCUGGUUACCGGAUAUCCGGCGCCAUAUCGCUCGCCGUGGAGGAGGUGAACGCAGGUGAGCUCGGUCGACGCGGACACAAGCUCGACUUCCUGGUCGCGGAAACUUAUGGCGAGGAGGAGACCAGCAUCCUGAUGACCGCCGAUCUCUGGACGAAGAACAUCAGCGCCUACAUUGGGCCCCAAGAAACCUGCAUCCACGAGGGCAGAAUGGCCGCUGCGUUCAACCUUCCAAUGAUAUCUUACUUCUGUACUCAUCGCGAGUCGUCCGACAAGAAAGAAUUUCCGACGUUCGCCAGAACGAGGCCACCCGACACGCAGAUCAGCAAAUCUGUUGUUUCGGUGCUGAUGGCGUUCAACUGGACGAAAGUGACGUUCAUGUACAUGAACUCGACCCUGUUCGAAUUCAACAAGAUGUCGACGAUCGCGGAGACCAUACUGUCGUCCUUCGAGGCUGCUGGUGUGACAGUGAACUUCGUCCGUUGCUGGGAAGAACCCUAUCACGUCACGCACAUGACCAAUCCAUUCCACAAACACGUCAGCGAAACGUAUCGAGAAACGCGAAGCGAAUACUGGGUGGUCGGUGUCGAUAUCGAGCAGUACGAUGAGAAACGACCGGACAAAUAUUUCCGUGGCUUAUGGCAGAAGAAGACCAACUCGUCGAUCCUGAAAGCGUAUCGUAGCUACUUCAGCGUGGUAGCUUCCACGCCCAUUUACUCGAAGAACUUCACGCGGAUGGUGAACGAGUACAGGGAAAGGCCGCCGUUUAACUUCACCAAUCCGUUGGCGAACAUCGGUGGAAUCAUUCAGAUCGUGCCAGAAACGGCGUAUCUGUACGACGCGGUGCACCUCUACGAGAGAUCGUUGUUGAAAGCUCUGGACGAGAAUCGGGACCCUCGAAACGGCCGUGAAAUGGUGGCGACGCUUUACGGCGUUCAUUAUCGAAGCGCCAUGGGAUACAUGGUCUACAUGGACGAAAACGGAGACGCUGAAGGCAAUUACACUCUGAUCGCUUUGGACAAUCGGCCGACAAAGGGGCACGGUUUAUAUCCCAUAGCUUACUUUGUGGGAAAGGAGAACGGCACGAAUCUGCCGCUCACACGGGAGAAAUCGUGGGCGGUAUAGCCGGUGGAUUUCUGUUGAUCAUGACGGCGGUGAUGCUGAUGCUAUACAGGAACUGGAAGUACGAGCAGGAACUGGAUUCCCUGCUCUGGAAGGUGAACUACAAAGACAUUCAGAUCAAAGAGAAGAAAGACGAGUCGACUGGAGUCAAUGAGGCGUCUACCAAAUGCAAUUCCAAGACGACGACACAGCCAAUUGUAAGAACCAGCCAAGUUUCCCUCAGCUCGAAUCCAGAUGCUGACUUUCGAUAUUCGAUGAUUUACACGCAAAUUGGUGUUUAUAAGGGGCGGAUAUUCGCCGUAAAGAAGGUUCGGAAGAAAUCGAUCGAAAUUACACGGGAGAUGAAGAAAGAGCUGAAAGUGAUGCGUGAUUUGCGACACGAUAAUUUGAACGCUUUCAUCGGAGCCUGCACCGAUCCGCCGAACAUAUGCAUCGUCGUGGAAUAUUGUGCUCGUGGCAGCCUGAAGGGUAUGAUCUAUCUGCACGAAUCUGUCAUGAAAUAUCACGGUUCGUUGAGUACGUCGAACUGCUUGGUGGAUUCUCGAUGGGUCGUAAAGCUGGCGGACUUUGGAUUGCACGAAUUUAAAAAGGACGCCGAGUGUGAGCCGUGUGACGUUAUGAAGAAGUAUCACGGUUUGCUGUAUCGUGCGCCAGAGUUAUUACGAUCGACGAAAAGUCAGGAGCCAACUGUACGGGACUAUCAGAGAGGAGACGUUUAUUCGUUCGCGAUAGUGUUGUACGAGCUUCAAGGCAGGCACGGUCCUUUCGGAAUCAGCGAGUUAACCCCUUCGGAGAUAUUGAAGAAAGUGAUCGCGAGAGAACCGGGCACCGAACCGUUCAGACCACCGUUGAACCAGUUGGAGAACUGUUUCCAGUUCGUGCGCGCUUGUCUAAUGGAGUGUUGGGCCGAGGAUGCCGAGAUUCGACCAGACUUCAAAAUUAUUAGGAACAAGCUAAGGCCUUUGAGAAAGGGCAUGAAACCAAACAUAUUUGACAACAUGAUGGCCAUGAUGGAGAAGUACGCGAAUAAUCUGGAGGCGUUGGUGGACGAGCGAACGGACCAAUUAACAGAAGAGAAGAAAAAAACAGACGCGUUGCUGUAUGAAAUGCUACCACGUUACGUGGCAGAGCAAUUGAAACGAGGACGCAAAGUCGAAGCCGAAAGCUUUGACAGUGUUACCAUUUACUUCAGCGACAUUGUCGGUUUCACCGCCAUGUCUGCCGAGAGCACACCUUUACAGGUGGUGGAUUUUCUAAACGAUCUGUACACAUGUUUCGACUCGACUAUAGAAAAUUACGAUGUCUACAAAGUGGAAACUAUCGGUGAUGCUUACAUGGUGGUGAGCGGUUUGCCAAUUCGAAACGGUAUCCAACACGCGGGGGAAAUUGCCAGUAUGUCCUUAUGCCUCCUAGACGCCAUUAAACAAUUCACCAUUCGACACAGGCCUCUGGACAAGCUACAGCUGCGAAUCGGCAUACACUCUGGCCCUGUAUGCGCCGGUGUGGUCGGCCUAAAAAUGCCUCGUUACUGUCUAUUCGGAGACACCGUGAACACUGCAAGUCGUAUGGAAUCUACUGGAUCUGCUUUAAAGAUCCACUGCAGCAGAGAAACGAAGGAACUGCUAGAUCAAUUGGACGGUUUCAAGGUGGUGGAAAGAGGGCUAGUCUCUAUGAAAGGGAAAGGCGAGCGUCUAACCUACUGGCUGAUCGGCGAAGACCCCGUGCUACGGGAAGAGCGGAACAGGGAACGAGAAAAUCGGAGAAACGGCCACGCCAAGAAGAACGCAAACCCUCUGAUACCACGAAGCUCGCUCAAGAGCAAAUCUCUCGUACGAUCCACCUUCAUGAGAUGUUCCAGCGAGUCCCCGAAACGAUUGCGUUUCGCAAGCUCCGAUCAACUGGACCAGAACGGCUCCCGCGCGAACAGCCAAUUGGAAUCGAUCGUCGACGAUAGUCCGUGUAAAGCGAAGACGUCUUGUACGGCGCGAGCUUCGUGCGCGGACAGCUGGAGGUCCUCCAGCAACUCGUGCCCGUGCGUCGAGAAACUGUGCGAACAGGAAACUGUGCGGAUCGACGUGAAGGAUCUGGCGCGGGAUCGAUCGGAGCCGCUGCGAACCAACUGGACGAUCGGCAGCGAGCCUUGUUUCUCGCGCGAAGGGGCGAAGAACUUCCGGUUGGGGUCGGCCGGCAUCGCGCAGACAACCUGCAGAUCCGCGCCGAGCAGCCCAAGGCACAGCACUCUGAUCUUAAAUUGUCAGAGGCGAGCGGCACAGUCGAACGAGGAGAUCGACGGAUGGGACGCUACCACGCCACUGAUUUAUUAUCCGGCAGGACGAUUGGAUUAAGAAGCAGCUUGCAGCCGCCACGAGUGUAGGCUCGUUUAACUCGGUUUCUUCAACGCGACAUCGAGGUGAUUUAGCUGUCGACGAUCGGAUCGUUGCUCCAUUACACGCACAUGCAAGUGCCGAUCAUUCGUAUCGAGAGGCCGGGAGGGAUGAGAGAUCGACGGAGGUGAUCGUCGAGGUGAAAAGUGUGCGCUUAAGUCGGUGUGAUUAAUUUUAACCGGGGUGUGGCGGGUUGUUCUCGAUGAAUGAAAGUCAUCGAAUGGCUGAACAGAAUCGCGAUGCCUCGAUAACUGCUGAGACUCGAAGGAUACCGAGGUAGGAAUUCUCUUCGAUUUAUCGAUUCGUAGCAGGUCCGGUACUCGCGAUCUCAAAGAAAUGAAACCGUGAGUUUCCACUCGACAAUCGAACGUUGUUUCUCGUUCCGUUGUUUUCUCGUCGACGAUUUCGACCGAACGAUUACGCGCGAGCUACGGUUGGUCAAUUAACGAAUUCACUCGCUCUCUCGGACAUGAUUUUCCCCUCGCUCGUAGUGCACUCGAUGUACCAAAGCACACCGCACGUACAAACGAGAUAUCUAACACAGACGUAUUUAUACAUUAUUUAUAGCAUACGUAACUCAACGCGUACGGAAAUCAACGCGCCGUAACGGUAUAUUCCACGCAUUAGCUUAGACAAUCAAGAAGGCUCGUGUUUUUUAUUCCGUAUAUAAGUGUCCUCUAGUCAAUUUAUUUUAAUUUUACGCACACGGUCCAGUUCGUAUGACGCGACGAAUCGAAUAUUCAUACGGCGUUUGCAAUAAACUGCGUUUCUAUUCGAACACGUCCGCGAGGUAAUGGUUGUCCGAUAGAAUCUUCGACAAUAGCGUGAAUGACGCUAUUUACUGCCGGCGCGUA